AUGGAUCCGAACCACCGACCGAUCGUGUGGACAGCGGAAUCACCAACCGACUGCUCUACACCCGUCCAAUUCAGAGGUGUUGUGGAUCGUAAUCCUACAAUGUGGUUCACUCAUUUUCUGUGGAUUGGAACGAUUUUACUAGUGUCGUCAGUUACAAGCGAAAAUAGCACAACUCUUGAAAAUCUCGAAGAAUCUGAAGCGGAAAUAACGAGCGAUGCACCGGAGGUGAUUGAGACGACCGGUGAAUUUAAGCCGGAAAUGACGACCGAUGAAUCUGACCCGGAGAUGACGACCGAUGAAUUUGACACGGAGAUGACGACCGACGAAUCUGUUCCGGAGAUGACGACCGAUGAAUCUGACACCGAGAUGACGACCGAAGAGACCGACAGUGACAGUGAAACACCUGAAAUCAUCGAAGAAGCUACAACCGAAUCAAUUCCACAUGAUCCUCGAGACGAUGGAAUGUGGAUCCCGUACAGACGAAAAGACGGCACUAUUGUUGAUCAUUACAUUUUUGGAAAUAAAUCUGCAAGUUGGGAUGAUGCACGAAAUUCAUGUAAAGCAAUGGGAUAUCAGUUUGCCACUCUGGAGGAUUAUGUUGAGAUCAGACAUGUCGUUAGUGAAUUUCAUCGCUUGUAUUGUUCUAAGUGUAAUGGCUUGUAUUCGAUAGGAGAACAUUUAUACGUCGACGGAAAAGCAAAAUGUGUGGUGGUAUCGAUGUUACGAGAGCAAAAAGUUGGCAUGGAAUGCGAUCGCAAGCCAAAACCUCAUAGACUAUCGUUAUUGGAGCUGAAAGGAUUCAUUUGUUCAUCUAUCCGCAACGCUUAA